UGCACCACCAGUAUAUCCCAUCAUAAAACACAUUCCCCUUUUCUUCAGCUGGGUUGUUCUUUCAGGUGGAUUUUUAUCCAAAUUUGAAGAAUGAAUGUGCUCUGUUUUUCUGUGCUUGCUGUUUUAUGCAGCUUUGCUUCAAGCGCAGAAUGGUGCUAUCAGUCUCAAAGCAAAAAUGCGUCCCAUACAUGCGUAGGACCGGAUGACUGGGAGUCGGUAGCCUCAGCCUGUGGACGGUCAAAACAGUCACCCAUUAACAUUGUGACAAAGCAAGUUGUCUUUGACAGUCGUCUGACCCCAGUGCAAUUUACAGGCUACCAAGAAACAGUCAAUACUGUCAUUACAAACAAUGGACACACAGUGCAAGUUAAACUGCCAGACAAAGCAACAAUUAGUGGAGCCAAUUUAGGAGCCAAUUACAAAGCUCAGCAGCUUCACCUGCACUGGGGCAAGAAUGGUGGACCUGGAUCAGAGCAUACCAUAGAUGGAGAGAAGUACCCUAUGGAGCUUCAUAUUGUACAUAUAAAAGAAAAAUACAACUCUGUGGAAGAGGCCGUUGGAGACCCUUCUGGAGUUGCUGUUCUUGGAUUUUUUUAUGAGGAAUCAACAAACGCCAAUAACAAAUAUGAUGGGAUCAUAAAUUCACUGAAAAAUAUUACACAUCCUGGCACCAACGUAACACUUCCAGCGGUGUCAUUAGACAUGCUCAUUCUCCCCCACACUGAACUGGAGAGGUACUUCCGAUACCAGGGGUCCCUCACCACACCAGGCUGCUCUGAAGCUGUGGUCUGGACAGUAUUUGAGAAACCGAUACCGCUUAGUAAACAACAGCUUUCUGCAUUUUCAAACCUGACGUUUUCUGACGGGACUCCAAUGGUAAACACAUUCCGACCCGUUCAGCUCCGAAAUGGACGUGAAGUGAAUUAUUCUGGGAGUUAUGUUUUUUGUGUUAGCACUGCCUUAUUGGUCAGCUCUGUUUUCACAUCCUUCUAUGCUCUCACUGUCUGAUUUAUGUUGAAACAAGUUAUUUAUCAUUCCUCAAUAUAUUUAUGACAAAUCACACUUUACUGUGACUUCAAAGUGUAUCUAACAUAAAAUUAUGUAGUAUGAAAAGCAGCUAGUCAAACAUAUCAAUCCACAGCCCACCUCUGAGGUCUUCUCAGAUGUAUAUAUCUAUAAAUUAAUUAUACAAAAAUCAUAAUUUUGACAUCUAUUGAACUUAUAUUGAAUUAUCUGUUAUUAAAAUAAUAUUUAACUGUGUCCCAAAUUUUGCACACUUUUGCACAACUGUCCCUGUUACAAGCAUGUAGAAAAACAUUCUAAUUUAAGAUCUAUUUGUGGAAAGUAUAAAUUAAAAAAAUGCAAAAAGACAUUGUAUAACACAUACACAGUAGCUGAAUUGUAAAAAAAUGGUGUGGUCAAGUAUUUAUUUGGUGGGGGUCCUGUAGAUAACUUUACACAAUGAUUCUAAAUUAAUCUAAUUUUAAACACAUUUUUAUGUAAUAAAAAAAUUGAGCUUUAUUAAAUGAACUAUUAUUUAUAAGCUGUUUUUCUUCCCAGGCCUGAAAGAUUUUUUAGGACUGUCAUGGAUAUAUAAAUAAAUCAGUAAAACCGCCAGUAGGUGGUAACAAAUCCUUGUUUUAAUAAAUGAUUAACUGAAUCAUUAAAAUCAAAUGAUUUGCUCAAAAUGUCUGAUUGAACAACUGAGUGGAUUGUUGAAUCAUUGGCUCACACGAUUCAUUCACAAACAGAUUAAUUCAGGAUCGAAACACCCCAUGUUGAUCUCCACCGUUAUAUAGAAUCAAUAGCACAUUUGCAAUCCAGCAAGCUAUCUCGAAAAAUAUUCUCGCUUGUGUUAUAUAAAACAAAUAAAUAACUUAUACAGAAAUAUUUUUUCUUUCAUUACUUAAGGACAUUCUAACUGCAUUCCAGUGGGCUCAGUUCGAACCCUGCAUAUACAGCAUAUUAUACUAAACAGAGGAACGUGGCUGCAUAUGUAAUAUAAUAAGACAAUAUUUACUAACUGGCAUUGGCAAUUUUUAUGAUUGGAGUUACUGUAUUCUUGUGUUUCCUUUCUUGUGGUUUCUGUAUUGUAAAUGUUCAGUCCAAAUUAAUAAAAACAUAAAAAGAAACUUGACAAACAUGGUCAUACAAUGAUCGUUUGUUUCAGUGUUUAAUAAUGAAUAACUAACCAUGUGAACAUUUUACAAGCUGAACACUUGCUACUGUUUAUUGCACAUGUUAAAGCUGUACGGGAUAGAAAGGAAGUGUGUUCUCAUUGGCC